CUCUGUUCCACUCCGCUCUGCUCGGCUCAAUUCAGGCAGCUACACAGGUUAGUUCUGCACGGCUCAUCUUCGCACAGCUUCAAUGGAAUCACUUGCCUAUUUACUCGGUUACGUUCAGUUCCAUUCCGCACAGCUUCUCUGAAAUCGCACCUUGAAGCGGCUCUUCCCCGUAACAAGUGAAUACUCUAUAGUUGCCCUUACAUAUUAUUUCUUAUAUAAGCUUCUGUGUUACUGUUGGAUUCUCCUCCGAGUUAUAAGUAAAACAUCACGUAGUAAUUUAUUCUGAUCAAUUUUCAAGAGACAAUAGGCACUAUCCAUAGACUAUGUAAUAAUUUUUGUAAUUAAGAAAUAAUAAAUCAAUAUGACUUACAAAACGACAAUGUCCUUUAAAACUUAAGUGUCAAAAUACAAAAUAAAAAGGACAUUUUGAAACUAUUAGAUUUUUUAUUUUUUAUAUAAGCCAUGAGCGUAUCCACACCAAAAGAUAUGAAUGUAAAGAAAUCCAUCGAAAAAAAUGAAGAAAACGCUAAUGCUACCAAGGAUGCGGAGAAUGACAAUAGGUCCAUGUCGAAAGUACAGUCCCAUUUCUUGGUGCCUUCUGAGAAGCUGGACAAAGUGACUCGAAGGGUCAUUGCUCCCUACGCACAGAUAGAGAGGAAAGGCCUCAAGGAGGAGGAGGCGAAAGAAGGCCGGUAUCUGGAUAUGAACAGAUUCAACGUCUUCUUGGAGGAUACAGUAGAUCUCGACUCUUUAUUAUAUGAGACUGCUAUGGUAUUGAAAACUAUCACUAAUAGCUCUGGUGUAUUCUUAUACGUCGUAGAUGAUGUAAGAAAUGAAAUAAUAUUAAUGCCUCACAAUACAAAGAUGCCAGAACGACACGAAGUCAACAUUCCGAUCGGUGAGGGUAAAAUAGCAGCCGCUCACGCAGCAGCUACGAAGGAGUUUCUUCUGAUACAAGACGUGCAACGCGAUCGACGUUUCUCUGAAGGUUUGAAGUGGAUAGACGCCAAGGUUGCACUGUGCAUGCCCAUCGUGAAGCCGGAUGGCAACUGCCACGCUGUGCUCAAGUUGUAUAGGACGAACACUGAAUCUUACGACGAUAGUGUAGUGUACACAGCGGUGAGCGUGGCCUGUUGGGCGGGCGCUGCUGUGCACCAGGCGCAGGCUCGCAUCACUCUACAGAAAACCGCGCACCUCAACAACGAACUGCGGGCUCUCCUACACAGCUACUUCUGUGACCUGGCCUCGCUGGACACGAUGAUCACUGAUAUGUUGGCUGUGGUGAAGUCAUUUAUGGGUGCGAUGCGCAGCAGCUUCUAUAUCCUGGACCGGGACAACGUGGUGAGCGGACACCUGCUGGCCGACAUGUGGGACGACGGCUGGCACGCCGAGAAGACCACCAUGCCCAAGAAGAAGACCAAAGUCAACCUAAACCAAGAUCAAACACCAGCUGGACUAGUGGCACGCACCGGACAAGCUCUGAACGUCCGAGACGCGUACAAGGACACUAGAUUUGUGAAGGAGAUUGACCCCACCACCGGCACCGUUGUCAGGUCCUGCCUCGUCUCACCCAUUAAGGAUAAACAUGGAGUCAUUGGAAUCGUUCAGCUGACUAAUAAAAGCAACGCCCGGCCGUUCUCCGUGGAAGACGAGAUGAUAUUCGAAGUUUUCGUGAGCUACUGCUCUCUGAUCGUCCACUUCUAUAACAUGCAACAUCAGAAGAUCUAUCAUCAAAAUCUAAAUGACGUCUACAAUGAACUGAUGAGCCUACAUCUGAAUCCUUGUCGGCACGUUUUUGAGGAGCUUAUGGAAACUAACGGCAUUGUCUUACCGCCGAAUAAUUUCAAAAGCUACGAUUAUCACAUAAGCGAAGGUAGCAAAGAGGACAUGCCGGGGCUUGUGUGCUUCAUGUAUAUGGAGACUUUCGCUGAUCGCAAUUUCGAUAGGAGUCGGAUUGCAAACUUCUGUCUCACUGUUCUCAGCUGCUAUCGAAAUAAUCCGUAUCACAAUGCGGAGCACGCGUUCUGUUUCACGCACACGUUGUACCUCGUGUUGACCAGCAAUCCUGGCUGCUUCGACUACGUAGAGACGGCGGCGUUGAUGUUGGCCGGCCUCUGCCACGACAUCGACCACCCAGGGUUCAACAACAACUUCCUGGCGCUGUGCAAGCACCCUCUUUCGCAGAUGUACCGCUCAUCCAUACUCGAAAACCACCACUUCUACCUCGCCAAGAAGAUCAUUGAGGAUAAGAAUAUACUAGGCAAGUUGCCAUUGGUGGACCGGGAGCGCAUAUUAGAGGAGAUGCAGUACAACAUCCUGUGCACGGACCUGGCGGUAUACUUCCAGAUACGCGCACACCUCACCCCCCUGGUGGGAGAACACAGCUUCGACUGGGCAGACAACGCGCACAGGAAGAUGGUGAAGGGUAUUCUGAUGACGACGAGCGAUCUUUCCGGUUGUUGCAAGCCAUUCGGCGUAGCCAAGACGAUAGCGGAAAAUGUGUAUGAAGAAUUCUAUUCACAGGGUGACAAAGAGCGCGCAAUGGGCUACACCCCUCUAAGCAUGAUGGACCGGCGGCGCAGCAUCAACCAGCCCGCGGAACAGAUACAAUUCCUCUCCGUAGUAGUGUUGCCUUGUGUGCUGCUACUACAGACUGUGUUCCCCAAUACGUCGCCACUCACUGACAACUGCAGGAAAACUCAAGACGCCUGGCGAGAGGAGAUAGAGAUCAGGGGCCAAAGGCUGUGGCGGCAGGACGACUCGCUGGGGAAUCUGUCGCGUAGUCGAUACUCCACCAAAUCGCGUUCAGACCUCACUUGAUUUAAUCAUUCGAUUAAAUAUAAAAUAUAUUGACAAUUACUUGAUACUUUCGUAUAUUUUUAUUUUUUAUUCAUUUAACUGGUAAUGUUUAAAUCUAAAGAAAAUUUUACUACAAAAUGACGCGACCGCGAGGAAGAUUUACUAGUAAAAUUUAUUAAUAUUAAUAAACGAGGAUUAAGCUUUGACAGU